AUGGCGAGAUACGACAGAGCGAUCACAGUCUUCUCCCCCGAUGGCCAUCUCUUCCAAGUCGAGUACGCUCUCGAAGCCGUUCGCAAAGGUAACGCCGCCGUCGGUGUUCGCGGUACCGAUAACGUCGUUCUCGGCGUCGAGAAGAAAUCCACCGCCAAACUCCAAGACUCUAGAUCAGUUAGGAAGAUUGUUAAUCUGGACGAUCACAUUGCACUUGCGUGCGCUGGACUAAAAGCCGAUGCUCGUGUUCUUAUUAACCGGGCGCGAGUUGAAUGUCAGAGUCACAGGCUUACCGUUGAGGAUCCUUGCACUGUGGAAUAUAUAACCCGUCACAUUGCAGGUCUUCAGCAGAAGUACACACAGAGUGGUGCUUGGAAAGCUAAUGCUACUGGAAGAAACUCUAAUUCAAUCCGGGAGUUUUUGGAGAAGAACUUUAAAGAAACUUCUGGGCAAGAAACUGUCAAAUUGGCUAUCCGGGCCUUGCUUGAAGUUGUUGAGAGUGGAGGCAAGAACAUUGAAGUUGCUGUGAUGACCAAGCAGCAUGGUCUGCGUCAACUUGAGGAAGCUGAAAUUGACGCCAUUGUUGCUGAGAUUGAAGCAGAGAAAGCUGCUGCUGAGGCCGCCAAGAAAGCUCCCCCCAAGGAUACAUGA